CUUCAAUUCCAUCAUGGCCGAGGCGGUAUUUACAUCAGAUGAAGCGUAUUCUCGAAUUGAAAAUGAGUCUUCUAGCGAUGAAAGCACUGGGGGUAUGUCUGAAAAUGAAGAAAUAAACUUAGACUUUGAGCUCAUGCUGUCUGAUGGAGAUUCAGAUUGUGAACCUCAACUAGAAGAAACUUCUGCUGCAGACCAGACUUUAUUUGAUGAUGAAAGUCUUGAAACCAGCAGUAAUGUGAACAGGGACCGUUCUCCCAUUGGAAAUGUUGAUGAGCAAACUGACUCUGGUGGUAGACAGUGUGGCAGAAAUGGUGGUAGUAGUGGACAUGGUAGCAGAGGACAUGGUGGUAGGGGACGUGGUGGUAGGGGACGUGGUGGUAAGGGAUGCGGUGGUAGGGGAGGCAGUGGUAGGGGAUGCGAUGGUAGAGGACGUGGCGGCAGGGAACAUGGUGGUAUAGGGGGUGGUGGUAGAGAGCAGUAUAGCAGUUAUGAUGACCAAGAUGCUGGUAAUCUUAUUCCUCCUUUUGAGCCUAAUCGUCAACCUGGGCUCCACUUGGAUAGGGCUGUUUUGCGUGGUGCUUUCACGACUGAGAUGGAAUUUUUCAAAUUGUUUUUUACCCACCAAAUAGUUAGUUCCAUAGUAACACACACAAACUCCUAUGCUUUCAUCAAAGUAGCAUCAGGAGGCUACUCUAACUACACUGAUUCCCAAGGUGCCUGGAAGUUGACCAAUAAUGAUGAAAUUUAUAAUCUUAUCUCUCUUCUGAUAUAUUUCAGCUUGGUCACUAUUAGGUCUUCAGUGCAAAAAUAUUGGAGCACUAAGACACUCUACCAUGGUCUUUGGGCAAGAAGUAUAAUGCCAUUGAAGCGAUUCAAAGCCUUGAUGGCAUUCCUUCAUGUUGUUGACCCCUGUAAUGAGAAUCCUUCUUCCAAGUUACGGAAAGUUGAAGAAUUCAUCUGUUCAUUCAAAGAGCGGUGUCACCUCUUGUAUCAGCCAUCCCAAAAUAUUGCGGUAGACGAGCGAAUGGUUAAGUCUAAACAUCGCUCUGGUCUACGGAUGUGCAUGAAAGACAAGCCAAUAAAAUGGGGAGUAAAACUGUGGGUGUUGGCAGAUAGCUUGAAUGGGUACACCAUUGACUUCGAUAUUUAUGUUGGGAAAACUGCCAAGCCCAUUUCUGAGCAUGGAUUAGGCUAUGAUGUUGUCAUGAAACUUGUAGAACCCUAUUUCAACCAGGGUUAUCAUGUAUACUUUGACAACUUCUACACCUCUCAUCAGUUAGUCAAAGAUCUCUUUUUACAGGGAACCCCUUCUUCUGGAACUGUUAGGCCCAACAGAAAAGGUUUUCCCAAAGCCUUUGCUGAUGCAAAAAAAUGGGGGCGUUCUGUUGAGAGAGGAAGCAUGCGUUGGCAGAGAGAUGGUGUGGUGGUGGUAAUCCAGUGGAGUGAUAAUAAUCCUGUUUCGUUGUUAUCAAGUAUUGAUACUGCCAAUGAUUAUAGGAUGGUAGAGAGAAGGCUCAAGAGGGAAAAUGGGUUUGAGAAAGUAAAUGUGCGCCAACCCCUAGCCUUUCAUCGGUACAACAAUUACAUGAAUGGGGUUGACCGAUCUGAUCAAAUUAUUGCUGCUCACAAGAUUUCACGUAAAUGUAAACGUUGGUGGAAGACAUUAUUCUACCACAUGAUAGAAAUUGCUCUUGUAAAUUCCUUUCUUCUCUUCCAGAUUCAUAGAAAAAAUAAUCCGAAUGAUUCAAACUUGAAUAGGCCGGGCAAAUACUCUCUUGUUGAGUUCAGGGAAGCUUUGGUUCGUCAGAUGGUUGGGUUGGAUGAGAAAGGUCUACCACCAGUAAAUGUCAAUGUCAAGCCAGUUCAUACCUAUGAGACUGAACAUAUGCCAAUGACAUCUGAGAGUGAAAGGAAGAAUUGUGUUGUAUGUUAUGCAACUGGGAAGGGACAGCUGAGAGUUUGGACGUACUGUGCAGCUCCGCAGUGUCAAAAGUUCUUACAUGUUGGCAAAGGCUUUACCUGCUUCCAAGAAUGGCACUCAAAAAACUACGCUGGACGCAGAUGAGAGUAUUGAUAAAGAGCUGCAAAGAGUAGUCUGUUUUCAUUUAGUGUGAAGUUUGUUACUAAAUAGUACUUUGCAUUUGGUUUACAUGUUUCUUCGCAUUUGACAUUCUUCUGUAUUUGUGAGAUAAUACCAUUCAAUGUGAAGCACACAUUUUUUAUAUUUUA